AUGGACGAAAGCGGGAGCACAGGCUCCUUGCGACGCGCAAGCGAUAACACAAAACGAGGGCGCCUUGCCAAUAUGCUUUCACGUAUUAUUGGCCUCGAGGAGCGUGAGGCGCGGCGUGACAAACACCUGGAGAGCAUCUGUUGCGCCCCGUGUCACUGGAACCAGGAGUCUCAGUUAGGCGCGUCACCCGAGGCGAGCGGCGAGUUGCUUGUGGACAAACAGCAUACCUGCCUUGACGGUAAGAAGGAGAACGGCGGUGCAGAGACACACGCUGGGCCCCGCACGGGCAUUCUAUGGGCGCUGGCAAAGAGAUUGGAAUAUCUGGAGGAGCAGUUGGCCCGUGAGACACAGGAGCGUGCUACGCUUCAACUGACUGUGGAGUCGCUUCAGCGGCAACUUCAGGAGCUGAGGGAGGAGCGUCAUUCGCAACACCAGCGCCAUGCCGCAAUCGGCAACACAAUGGUUGAGAUGCAGCUGGGCGCCUUGGGGUGUCAAAUCCGCCCCGUUGUGGAUUUGCGGGUAUCGGAGUGGGGCGAGAAUGUCCUCUCCAGGGUGAACGCCAUGGUGAGGGGUCUGCGAAGAAUGGAAGCUGGGGAGUUUGUGGUCAAACCGCCCCCCCAAGCUUCUCCGCUGGGCUCGUUCCACUCGCAGCGAGCGGCAGCACUCCUUGACAAACAAAACCACCACCACAGUGGCGGCAGUUGUCAUGGUGGAAAUACUGGCGGCCGUAACUAUCACGCCAGCAUUACGGCGCUUCCACCGAAGGGUCGCUGCACCGUAGUUGGGAAUUUUGUUCCUCCUCGGAGCCAGGACGAGAAACUUGUCUUGUUUGGGAGAAAGAAUCUCCUUGUCAGCAACUCCCCUGAUACUCUGCCACUUCCAUCGAUAUGCAGCAACAGCAUAACCACGUUGCACCCUGGGGGCAUUCUCUUGAAGCAAUCUGGCAACGCCCCACACCCUGAGGGAAUAGUGGCAAAACGGAGUGUCUUUAACCCACUGAUGAGAGGAAUGAGUGUGAGCUUCUCAGACGUGCCGGACUAUCCAUAUCCAGACUGCAGCUCCUUUCGGAAAAAGUGUUCUCUAGACUUUGUGCGUGGCGGUGUGCCCAAAGGCGCCAAAGGCGGAUGUGUCAGUGGCACCAAAACAAUCGGAGCUUCUCGUCCAUUCCUGAAGCUCCCACCGGAUUUGCGUUCACGGAAGCGCGGCGAAAGGGCGCUCCCACCGUCUACCGUCUUUGUCCCAAGCACCCAGCAGACUGCCGCGGAUGAGAACUUCUUACUUGGUAGCACGGCUACAAGCGAUCAGCAAGCUAACUUACAUGUGAGUAACACCAACAAUAAGCGUCAGUUGCCCCCUCCGCUCGACAAGGAUGCGCUUGCGUCCGUGCAGAAUGAAAUAAUGAGACUGCAGCUGCGAAAGUUGGAGGCGCAGUUGGCGUCAGCUGCACCUGACGCUGCGGCUGUGGCGAGCGGCAACUCUUCUGUUCCCAACUUGGCGUUGUCCGCAAACUCGUCCCUCAAGGCAGCAAAGCCGCUUGCAACGCUCACAGAGGCGCCGGCUCCGCCGUCUUUACAGUUGCCCAAAUCAACUCUUUUCCCAUCGAAUGCGCCACCCAAAGGGAGGCAGUAG